UCUGUCACUAACUUGCAGUGUGUGACCUUGGCCAAAACCCUGCCCCACCGCCCUCUUCCUGCACCUCGCUUUCCCCAUCUGUCAAGCAGGAGUAACAACUGGAGUGCUGCCUGCGCAGGGAGCGGGGGUCCCAGCCCCCAGCGCCGAGCAGGUAGCUGCUCAAAGCCCGACCCUCCUAGCUCAGGUGGAAAGGGGCUUCCCCCGCUGUGCUAACCUUUGCCAUGUAAUCCAAAGGCUCUGCUUUCGGUGGGAGAAGACCCCCCGCCCCAGCUCUCCUGGGACCCCUCCCCUCCCAAAGGCUGCGGUGAAGCGAGACAAUCCCUGCCCCAAAGAGCUGCCAGACAAGCCAAAGGAAAGAGUCUUGAUGGCUCCCCCCAGGCCCACACCUUGUCAUGAAGGGGACGGGACGGCCUUCCCCGGCCCUGAAUGCGUUAAUGAGGCCCCGUUAUGUGACCUGGCUGCACCUGGAGGCAGAGCUCAGCUGGGACGCAGCCAGCUGGCUGUGAUAAAGAAGAGGUUGGUUGCAGAAGGGGGCUGUAGGUUAUAGUCCCUGGGCUGGCCCCAUGGAGAGGGAGGCCCCGGGUUCCCCUGCCAGCCACUGGCAUCCCCCGGGGGCCAGGGACCGGGUCCGGAGACUUGGAAUUUUUCACUGGACUUUUGUCGCUGGAGCUUUGUUGCCCCCAAGAGGGUCGGAUGCAAAUCUGGGCCCCUGGCCACAGGGCCGCGCUCUGGAAGAGAGGCCGGAUUGCAAGCCAGCGGUGCUGCCGCGCCUGGGCACGGGGAAGCACUCCUGCGGCAGUGGCGGCGGAGGCCUGCAUGCCCGGCGGGAGGCGGGAUGAAUUCCUGAGGAGAGAGCCCGGGCCGGGAGGAAGCGAGGGCCAGUACCAUGGAAAAACUCCUCCUGCCCCUUUUGAUGCUUGGCACCAUGGCAAAGGGUCAGCACUGCCCCGGCCGCUGCAUCUGCCAGAACAUCUCGCCCACCCUGACCAUGCUGUGCGCCAAGACAGGGCUGCUCUUCGUGCCGCCAUCCAUCGACCGGCGCACGGUGGAGCUGCGGCUGACGGACAACUUCAUCACCGUCAUCCGGCGCAAGGACUUCUCCAAUAUGACCAACCUGGUGCAUCUGACGCUCUCCCGGAACACCAUCAGCCAGGUCAUGCCCUACGCCUUCGCCGACCUGCGCGCCUUGCGCGCCCUGCAUAUGAACAGCAACCGGCUGGCCUCCCUCCGCAACGAACACUUCAAAGGCCUGGGCAACCUCCGGCACCUCAUCCUGGGCAACAACCAGAUCAGCAACAUCCAGCCGGCCUCCUUCGACGAGUUCCUGGCCACCGUGGAGGACCUGGAUUUGUCCUACAACAACCUGGAGACGCUGCCCUGGGAGGCCAUCGGGCAGAUGGUCAGUCUGAACACCCUGACCCUAGAUCACAACCUCAUCGACCACAUCGCUGAGGGCACCUUCUCCCAGCUCCACAAGCUGGUGCGUUUGGACAUGACCUCCAACCGGCUGCAGAAGCUGCCCCCGGACAACCUCUUCCUCCGGGCUCAGGUGCUGGCUAACGUCCGGGGCUCCCACCCGUCCACCUUGACCAUCAGCUUCGGAGGCAACCCCUUGCAUUGCAACUGCGAGCUGCUCUGGCUCCGGCGCCUGACGCGGGAGGACGACCUGGAGACCUGCGCCUCUCCCGAGCACCUGAUGGAUAAGUACUUCUGGUCCAUCUCCGAGGAGGAGUUCAUCUGCGAGCCGCCCCUCAUCACGCGCCAGUACUCCACCAAGGCCUUCAUCGUGGAGGGCCAGGGAGUCAGCCUCAAGUGCAAGGCGGUGGGAGACCCCGACCCCUCCAUCCACUGGAUCGCACCCGACGGCAAGCUGAUCCACAACACCACACGCGCCACGGUCUACGACAACGGCACGCUGGAGGUGCACAUCACCACGCUCAAGGACAACGGGGUCUUCACCUGCAUCGCCUCCAACGCCGCCGGCGAGGCCACGGCCCCCGUAGAGGUCUGCAUCGUGCCACUGCCGCUGCUGGUUAACAACACCGGCCACAUGAAGGAGCCCGACCCCGGCUCGUCCGACAUCACCACCUCCGCCAAGUCGGGCGCCAACGACACCAAAAACCACCUGGAGAAGAAGAUUGUGGCGGCCGAGCUGACCUCCACCUCGGUGGUGAUCCACUGGCCCUCGGAGCGGCACAUUCCCGGCAUCCGCAUGUACCAGAUUCAGUAUAACAGCUCCCUGGACGACUCGCUGGUGUACAGGAUGAUCCCCCCGUCCAGCAGGGCCUUCCUGGUGAACGACCUGGCGGCGGGGCGGGCCUACGACCUGUGCGUGCUGGCCGUCUACGACGACGGGGUGACGGCGCUGACGGCCACCCGGGUGGUGGGCUGCGUCCAGUUCACCACGGAGGGGGAGACCGCCCAGUGCCACGCCCUGCACACCCAGUUCCUGGGCGGCACCAUGAUCAUCAUCAUCGGCGGGAUCAUCGUCGCCUCCGUCCUGGUCUUCAUCAUCAUCCUCAUGAUCCGCUACAAGGUGCACAGCGGGCACGAGGGGCCCAAGAAAGCCAAGGUCAGCAACGUCUACUCCCAGACCAACGGCGGGCAGCCCCCGGCCGCCAAGUCCGCCGAGGACAAGUACGAGACCUUCCAGGAGGUGGGGCCUACGGGGGCGGGGCCUACGGAGGCGGAGCCCAAGAAGGACACACCCGCCGCCCCCGAACCGGACAAGAGAGACCCCAAGCCGGGUGCCGACCUCCAGACUGUGGCCCUGCUGUCCUCGGAGGAGGGCCCGCCCCAGGGCAGCGUGACCGGCUCCUUGGGUCUCCUCCGGGAGAGCGGGCCGGGCGGCCAGCACCGGGCCACGCUGGGCAGCGUGGGCCUCUUUCCCCGGGAGCUUUCGAGGACUCACCACCACCGUCACUCCUUCGACGGGGACUAUGCUCUGUUCCAGAGCCACAGCUACCCGCGCCGGGCACGGACAAAACGGCACAUGUCCACGUCCCAGCUGAACGCGGAGGACUGCCCGCUGAGCCAACGCCGCGUUACCUUCAGCAGCACUGAGUGGAUGCUGGAGAGCACCGUCUGAGACGGGCCCCGGGGGGGCGGGCUGCGGGGGGGGGCAAUUUCGUCGGGCCCCGCGGGGCGCACGACCGGCUCCCCCGGGGGCGUGGAGGGGACGGCUCCGGUUUCACCCGCCCGCCCCAGACGGGGGUCCUGCGCCGAUCCCGCCGACGCCGGCUCUGGUGCCUUAAGGAGCGGAGACGGAGGACAGAAAUGAAAAACACCACCCGACGGACGGCGCGAAGGCAAGCAGUGGGGCCAGGAGGGGACUGCCCGGCUGCAGGGAGAGGAAAGGGCGUGGGGGGGGCUACGGGGUGAGUUUCGAGACCCACCCCCUCCACGCCGUCUGCACCGGGCGGCGCGGGAAGGACAGAGCAGGACUAGCAAAGACACAUGCACAGAUGACACGAAAUUACAAAGAUCCUUUUACCUUGAGUAAAUCUUUAUGCAUUAAUAACUGUCCGGGACGGGGGACGGAGCAGAGUUUAGUUCCAAAAUCAACCUAUUUCCCCCUGCCCCACCCCCAAGUGUUUCUGGGAAGGGGACGACAGGCGCCCGCUCCCCGACACAGACUGCGGGGGGCCUAUUUAUUGUAUCUGGCUGGUCUAGAUCAUUUUCUGUGUUCAGUGUAUUCAGUAUUGAAAAAGUCAUCGCCCCUUUUCCCUGUUAUUCCAAACUGUGCCCCACUCUAGCAAACUCCCCCUGCACCCCGGGCCCUCCCCCCUUCAUCCCUCCCA